GGUGCUAAGUGGGUUAAGUUUGUUCACUCAUCUCACCAACGAAUGAAUAAAAUUUUGUGAGCUCCUGUAAACAAUUCGUUGGAAAAAAGUGACAAAACCGCCAGUUGUUCUGUGUCAGCACAUUCCAUACCAAGAGAGAGGCUCUUGAAUACCAAAGAUAUACAGUUUUUAUCCGCAAAAGCAGCGUCAAGUGUUUCAAUAUGUCGUCCGAGGAGCUGGCGCCAAUAAACGAGCAGGACCUGAAGGACCUUAAGGAGCGAAUGAAACUGAUUGUCGAAGCGGAUCCCAAGCAAUACCACAAUGAUUUCUCCCUUCGGCGUUAUUUGCGCGCAUUCAAGACCACAGAUGACGCAUUCCAGGCCAUACUGAAGACGAACAAGUGGCGUGAGACAUAUGGCGUGGAGAAACUGGGCGAAAUGGACCGCAGCCAGCUGGAGAACAAGGCCCGUCUGCUGCGCCACCGUGACUGCAUCGGCCGUCCAGUCAUCUACAUUCCGGCCAAGAACCAUGGGUCCUCCACCCGUGACAUCGAUGAGCUGACCCGUUUCAUUGUGUACAACCUGGAGGAGGCGUGCAAGAAGUGCUUCGAGGAGGUCACCGACCGCCUGUGCAUCGUCUUCGAUCUGGCCGAGUUCAGCACAUCGUGCAUGGACUACCAGCUGGUGCAGAACCUCAUCUGGCUGCUGGGCAAGCACUUCCCGGAGCGCCUUGGCGUCUGUUUGAUCCUUAAUUCGCCGGGACUCUUCUCCACCGUUUGGCCGGCCAUUCGUGUGCUGCUCGACGACAACACCGCCAAGAAGGUGAAGUUUGUCAGCGAUGAUGUGGAUCUAUGCCAAUAUCUGAUACCCGACAUUCUCCCAACGGACAUGUAAGCCGGAUGGUCCCAUCCCAUCCGUUUGAUCCAAAUUUUAGUUUUAGACAUACAUAUCUCUAAAGAGAAAGAAACCAGUACCUAAAGAAGGCGGAGAGGUGGCGAAUGUCGCGAGGUGGAGGCUUCUGAGCGCUUUGACCCUGUGUAGUCUAUGUGUAAAUCGAUGUGUUUAACAAGUGUUGAUUUUAUUUUAUUGCCCAACCUACUAGUACAAGCGACUAUUUUAGAUAAAGGUUUAUCUAUGCGCAUAUUUAUAUUGUAUAUAGAAUGAGUAGUAGACCCCCAUA